CGGGGCAGCUGGGCGUCCACCUGCGCACCACAGUUGACUUACACGUUGCGAAUCACCAAGUCGUGUGCUCCCAUCUUGUGAUACCCUGCCUUCUUCUGACUUAGCAUUCUCCGGUAAAGACUAGAACUGCCAUCCAACCAUUCUUCUUGUUCUUCAGCUGUCGUCAAAUAUCACUUACCGCAAGGCGAUUACCGAGAUCAUCAUGACAGUACCCUAAACUACGCCCAAGUUGUACGAGGCUACCAAGCUGUGACUAUAGCGAGGUUUCGGUGUCGAGAAGGAAAGGCGGUAUACUCAAUACAAUCACGUCGGUUACUUCCAUGGCCUAUUACACAGCUUCUGUCUUUCUAACAAUCCUCGCAAUUUCCAUCCAAAGCACCACAGACAUCACUAUCGAGAACCAAGAUAUAGACAGAAAAGGCCAGCAAUAUGUGGCUUCUCAACACCACCACCUACGAACUGCGCAUGUUCAUCUUCGGCAGUACUGUGCCCUCCUACGCCAUCCUCUCACACACUUGGGGAUCCGACGAGGUGACCUUCCAAGACAUCCAAACCCUGCCCCUGGCAUCCAAGAAAGCCGGCUUCACCAAGAUUCAAGGAUGCUGCACCCAAGCCCUGCGUCACAACAUUGAAUGGGCCUGGAUCGAUUCCUGCUGCAUAGACAAGACCUCCUCUGCAGAGCUGUCCGAGGCCAUCAACUCCAUGUACUCUUAUUACCUCCUCUCCCGCGUCUGCUUCGUCUACCUGGCCGAUGUACCGCCGCUCUCCUCCUCCCCUCCCAUGGACCGGCUCCCAUCACUCGCUUCCUCAAAGUGGUUCACUCGCGGCUGGACACUCCAGGAACUCAUCGCACCCCGGAGAACAAUCUUUUACACCUCGGACUGGUCCCGUCUCGGAACCAAAGGCGUGCACACCGACGAACGCCCCUUUAUCCAGGCCCUCUCCUCCAUCACAGGAAUCUUCGAGUCCGUCCUCGCCAAAACCCGCCACCCGCGCGACUACUCCGUCGCAGAACGCAUGUCCUGGGCAGCAAACCGCCAGACGACCCGCGCAGAGGACCUAGCCUACUGCCUCAUGGGCCUCUUCGGCGUCAACUUCCCCGUGUUAUACGGCGAGGGGCUCAAGCACGCAUUUCAACGCCUCCAACACGAGAUCAUACGAACAUCUCCCGACGAGACAAUCUUCGCGUGGAGGGCGGAUCCGCAGCAGCAGCUUGUGGACCCGUACACGGGCGAACGCCGAUCCAGGACCGUCACGUCGUCGGGCUUGCUUGCCGACUCGCCCGCCGACUUUGCCCACUCGCACGACGUUCACCAGCGCGCGCUUCUCCCGCCGUCCCCGUUUCGGGAGUUCAGCAUGACGAACAUGGGCCUCUCCAUCACCGCCAACCUCGUGCGCUUGACGCCUGCUAUCAGCGGUGGGCCCCGCGGUAGUCCCGCGCCGCAGUCCAUGUUUGUGGUACCGAUAGGUGCGAGCGGCCGGCCGAACGAUAGCUCGCCGCGUACCCGGAUUGGAGUGUACCUGGAACCCGUGCUCAUGGCGGCGAGUCGCGCCGGCCACAAGACCUCGUACUUUCGCCGUGCAGUAUGCGAUAAGUUUUGUUUCGCGUCGACUGGCGAGUUUCCGCAAGGCGCGCUUGCCAACAUUUAUAUCCUCGAAGACGAUCAGUUCGCCGAGAUGCAAUUCGCGGAUAGACCUCCCACCCCGAGACCGGGCUCGGCGUCAGGAUCAGGCUCGGAUGGGGGAGGGAACUGGUCGCCGUCGAUUGGAGCCAGGUUAUCGCUUUCUCCCAGUCCGUCUCCGAGACCCUCGCCUAGAGCAUCGCCACUCCCACGCAUGGAAUUAGGAUGAGACUCGGAGUACGAAGACACUAGAGAAAAGUGUCAGUUGAAAUGAUUGUGAUGGACGGAAUAACGAGUUGCUCUUGUAGAGAUACCCCGGCUCUCUAUGCAUUAGAGGGCCAAGAUGCACGAUAGAAAACGAAUCAAAAUCACCAUGUCACAUCCGAGUGUUCAG